GGAUCCCUGAGCCACCAGUGGGUGUGGCCGCGUGACGUCAGAGCAUCAGUGUGCACCCGCUCCAUUCAUGUCUGUCUCCUCAGAGCGUCGCGCGCCUCGAGCCGUCAACAGCGCACCUAUAAACCGGAGCAGCUCAGAGACUGAAACUCGUCAAACUGGGAUUAUUUCUGUCCAGACUCACUCCAGUUGGACACCGGACCGGGCUGUACCGGAGCAGCUCGUUGAACAGGGACAUCCGAAGCCCAAAGCUCCAGUAGGCACCACAGGAGUGGACAGAGCGAAAUGGCUGCAAAUGACUACUUACGGACACAUUGUUGACACCAUUUUCAGAACCAGAGACUCAUUUUCCAAUUAAAAUCGAGCCACGUUUCAGCCGUGAUGGAUUCAGGCAAUGACACAUGCCACCACAUGCACAGCAUCAACGGCGACAAGAGCCCGCUUCCCAGUGCCGUCAUGUUCGCUGCAGGCAUCUUUGGCAACGUAGCUGCCCUUGUGAUCCUGGAGAUCCGGCGGCGCAGGGACAUGAGGAAUGGGGGCAUGCGGCGGCGUGCGUUGUUUCAUGUCCUCAUCACAUCGCUGGUGGUCACAGACUUGGCGGGGACCUGUCUGGUCAGCCCACUCGUGCAGCUGUCCUAUGCACGUAACACUACUUUGGUUGGGAUGUCUCCUGAAGAUCCUUACAGUGUGUGUCAGUAUUUUGGGGUCAGCAUGACUUUCUUCAGCCUGGCCACUCUGUCACUCCUCUUCAUUACAGCGUCAGAGAGAUGCUUUGCUAUUGGCUACCCUUAUUUAUACAGCCGGCAUGUCACCAAGAAAUGUGCUUAUAUCACCAUCCCGGUGGUGUUUGUGUUAUGUACAUUAUUCUGUCUGCUCCCUUUUGCCGGAUUUGGUAAAUAUGUACAAUACUGCCCUGGCACUUGGUGCUUCAUUGACAUGAACCCAAAGGGGCCAGAGGACCGAGCCUAUGCCAACCUGUAUGCCACGAUCAUGCUGGUGCUGGUGCUGGCCAUUGUGGCGUGCAAUGGCUUUGUGGUUUACCAGCUGUUCAGGAUGUACCAACGUCGAAAGAGGAACGGCUCAGUGAUGGCGUCCACAAGACCCAACAGCGACCGCAGGACGAUGUCUAUGGCCGAGGAGGUAGAGCAUCUGAUCCUGCUGGUCGUCAUGACCAUCAUCUUCAUCAUCUGCACUCUGCCCCUGGUGAUCCGAGUGUACAUCAACUCCAUCCAGAGACACAAGGAGUCUCACCGCCUGGACCUGAUUGCCCUCCGCUUCAUCUCCAUCAACUCCAUCAUCGACCCCUGGGUCUUCAUCCUCCUGUCCCCAAGUGUGCUGCACUUCUUUUGGUCUUCACUAUGCCAGGGUCCCAUGGGACCCUCCAGAGGGUCUUUGUUUAAGUCUUCACAGGCUAAAGACAAUUCUCAUGCUAACGUAGAACUGUCUCAGCCAACACUGCAGCCACACAAUUGUCACACUGUGGGAAAUGUAUGACCACAGCAGUGCUUUGUUGUUAUUUGAUAUUUCUAUUUAUUGGACACAGGAUUGGAAAGUGUUCUGCUGUGUGAUCAUAGAUCAGCAGAGGUUUGGCCAGCCACAAUAUCUAUCCCAUGUGGGUGGUGUGUUUUUUACCCAUUGAUCCAUUAUCCAUUAGAUAAUGGCCCUUGCCAUCUAACUGAUGAGCAGCUCAGAGCAGCUGGUGGCCACUUCUUGCCAAUUACUGGGCAAUUCCAUCCAUUUCCAGCAUUUCAGCUAAGUUUGUGCAUGUUGGAUGCAUACAAACUUUGUUUGGAGCUUUCUAAUUUUCAUAUUAAGGCUCAACAUUUAGCCUCGUUUGCAGCUUAUAAUUUAUGUAAGCAAAUCAAUUCAAUAAAAAUGGCUGCUGUUCGACAAAAAAAGACUAGAUCUGGCAGUGAUCUGGUACAGACGAACUGCGAGUGUUUUUGUCUACAUUGUAAAAAAAAAAAGUCAGUGAUGUUUGGUUGGAGAAUCUUGUGCAAUGAAGUAUGAAACUGAACGAGUCAUUUUUGCCUGGCAAUAGGUAACUGUAGCAAAGCAUGGUAACCACAUAAAGCUGACUAAAUAGAAACAGAUCAUCAGAUCAACUCGUCUAAUGAUUCUCAUGUAGAAAGAUGCGUGGGCUGGUUCCAUGUUAAUUGUUAGAUUUAGGUGCAGAGGUGACUUUAAAAAUAGUCUUUUUCAAUAAACGCGCACUUCAGUGAUCAUUGGUAUCAUCUUGACAUUUUUAUCUUAUCAUCUCUGGGCUUCUUAACCUAGUGACUUUAACCUCUGGUCUGUUUUGGUAACCUUUUCUUUUGCAACCUGAUCAGAUUGCAGUUAAAGAGGUCAAAGGGCAAAAAAACCUGGAGGCUUUUUUUUUGCAAACAAGACAGUUAAAAUUUCCUCCCUUGGGACAGAGUGAUAAACAGAAAAAGAUUAUACUGAUGGUCGGCAAAAUUUCAUUUAUAUGUACAUGUAAAGUAUGUAGCAUACUGGAUAUACUAUUUUAUAAAAACUUCUUCAUGAAAUUGCAUUUCAAUUUUGCCUUGAAAACUACUGCUUCUUAUUUUAAGUAACAGCAGGUCAAUAUUCUCACAUAAUCUGGAUAUAACUGUAAUGCUUGUGAUGUACUAAAUGAAUAAUAACGAAUCAUUUCAGCAACUAAAAAAAAGUACUUUUUAAAGAGUACUUUAAAAAUUCCUGCAUCUCUAUGGAAACGGCACAAAAAUGACUAGAAGGAGACAGAACAAAAAGAUAAGUUUAAUCCGGUAUAACAGUUACAAUGUCAUAAAUCAUGAAAAAAAAAAUCUAGUUAAGUUUAAUCGAAUCUCUUUAUAAAAAAAAAGAAGAAAAAACAAAUCAACAUGCACAACAUUCUUCUGUGCCCACAGUACUGGACUGUAGUUUUAUGGAUAGUUUACAACUUAUAUAUUUAAUGGGUUUCCAUCCUCGUCUCUGCUCUGCUCUGUGUACAACACAUCCGACACUUCAGCCAAAGACUCCCUGAAGUUUUGUCAUCUGGUUUGUUUUUGACGAUUUCUUUAAAAAGACAUUUAGAAUAAAAUAAUUUUGAUUAAAUAUUCUAUUAAAUUAUGCAAUAUUUGACGCGUUAGUUAUUUUUCCAGAUGAAAUCAAAAGUCAUAUGACACAUGAUUGGUCAAGAACUGUCAGAAAGUUGAAAACCCAGCAAUUUUUCCAGUUUCUUGCUCUGAUAAAUGGUGGCAUUUUGGCCAUUUUGAAAAUAUUACAAAAUAUAUACAUUUUGAAAUAACACAUUUGGGAAUAUUUUGUCAAAUACUUUUGCUGACCAGAUUGUCUAUAUGUUAAUUACUGAAGCAUAAAAUUGAGGUUUGCUAAAUGAACGUAUCCUGUUACUGAAAUUAAAGCUGCCCUGUGGAUUCAUUUUGUAAACAAAGAGAUGUUUACAUUCAGUGACAGUGAAAUCACACGAGGCUACAGUAAUGUGCACAAUACUGACAAAACUUUUUUUGGGACAUUGCAGUUUAGCACUAUGAGUGGCUAAAAAAUAAUCUCACAGGGUGCCUUUAACCUUGAGUAUUUUAAAAUGCCUCUUAUAAUAAAAGGCAUCGUUAUUUCAUAAGCUAACAAUUUUGACAGCAUAGAAUCUAAAGCUGUAUUCAAAUAUGUCACUGAUAUAAACUGACUGUAACGCUCUAAAAAGUACCAUGGUUGGACUUACAAACCACUUGUCAUUUUAUUACAAAACUGUUGCACCAAUUUCACUUGGCAGAUAUCUUGCUCUACCACACUGCCUGGGAAAAAACAUGAGAAGACUGACUUAAGAUUUAAGUGUUGUUUAAACUGCAUUAGUUUUACAAGGGGUCAUCUUAAAAUGUUACUUCCAUUAAAUACACCAUGUUUAUAUGAGAUAAAUGCUGCUCAAAGCCCAGAUGGAAAAUCUUGUGAUUGUAGUACCUGAUUAUAUCCUCAAACUUACUCUUUAAAGGUUGGGUACCAACUAAAGUAAACUCUGAAAAUGCAGGUUUGCUUUCAGGUCCUCCAAUAAAAGUUCUUGUCUAAAAAAAUCUCCUCUGCCAUUAGUCAGUUUGGAGUUAGCCUACGCAGUUCUGGUGACAGGCCGCUCACCAACGUAGCACAUCGUUACAUAACAGUGAUGUCAGUUCUAACGGAGCUGCUCACAUCAGAUGACUACUGAGUUCCUUGGAAAAAGCAGGUUGUGUUCUUCACUUUGUUCCUGCAUAUUGGUUGAAUUUACAUGUGGUGGAUUUCUACUGGUUUAAAAUUACACAACACUAUGGUGAGUUGUUGGUAUUGCAGCGUUCUCUCUCUAAAGAGAAUCUAGUUUUACAGGGUCCAAGUGUCUGGCAAGUAAAUGAGCGACUAAAGAGUAUUUGCUGGCUCUCUGGCCGUACAUCUGUCAAAAGAAAAUCCCGGAGUGACUCGAGUUACAUAACAGCAGCGGCCAGGUUUAAAUUGUAGCUUUAAAUUCAGGUGUGUACAAAGUGAGAAAAAGUUCUCAACGUGUCAUUUUAAAGGAUGGCAGAAAAGUCUGCCGGCAUCAGGUUAAUGUUAUUUCAAAGUGUCAGUGAUGUGUGUGAGAAAGGAAAAGCACUGAUGAUAUUAUUUGGCUAUUGUGUUGUGAGAACAGAAGUUUAUUGCCUCUGCUGCUCUAUUGUUGGUUCUCAGCUCAGCAUCAAAAUGUUCAGUGUUUACGACAGUGACUUACUGCUUCCUGUCCAUGUUAUGUGUGAGUUCUGCCUCUGUGUGUGCCAGUGCUUUUCCCUGUUGUGCAUUAGAGAGAGAGAGAGAGAGUGUGUGUGUGUAUGUGUGUGUGUGUGUGUGUGUGCAUUGCUUGUGUCUGUGUGCAUAUUGUGUAUACGUGUGUGUGCGUGUGACAGACAGCAAAGGUAAUGUAAACGAGUAAAAGAAACGUAAUGAUGUCAAACCAGAAUGCUACCUACCUGGAUGUCUUGUACUCUGUAAUUGUAAAGUACUGUACAUGGAAGUGAAUGCACUGAGCAGACGAGUGUGUGUGUGUGAGUGUGUUUUAUGGCUUGUGUAAAUAAACAUCUCAUCCACCAAA